CAGAGGCUUUUCCUGGUUACCCACUCAGCAAGAAGCAGCUGAAAGAAACUUUCAAGUGUCGUGAGGAUAUGUGUGGACGUCUAUUAGCAGCACAGAGAGCAUGGAGGAGGACAGACGCCACAGCCAGGAUCAAAGAUGAAACCAAACAACUGUGACGUCCUUUUUGCCAGAUUGAAGUGGCCUGGUACUUCAGAGAACUGGGUCUGUGACGUCAACAACGCAGGAUAGGACAGCUUAAGCGUGAAAGGGGGAGAGAGAGGGGAUGACAUGCAACAAGGAUAUAGCCUUUGUAAAAGGAGACACCCACUCUACCAGAUUUGCUACAAGACCAGAGAAGCUGAGAUCACACACGUCGACGCUGCAGCUCUAACAUGUACAAAGAGUACAGAUCGAGCCGAGUCACCGGACUCAACGCUCUGCCCUUUGAUCCAGCAACCAAUAACGACCCUCUCCAGUUCAGCAACUCCAGCGGACCACUGGUGACAGAGUGCCCUCCUCUGGAAAACACUGCCGAGAAUAGCAAGAAGAGGAAGAGAGCCAGCCUGCCUCCAGAAGGUAUCUGUAACAUGACAAUGGACUCCAACUCGAUGACGAUGCCCAUGUCGGACCCCAACGCCUGGGCAACAGCCAUGAACAACCUCGGGAUGCCUCCCAUCGGAAUCACUGGACAGCAACUCAUGCCAGAUUUUGAUCCCAGUCUUGGUAUGAUGGCUGGAAUUACCCCCCUGAACCCCAUGAUGCCCGGCCUCGGUAUGGUGCCCGCACCCCUUUCACAGGAUGUGCCAGUUAUCAAGGAGAUCAUCCACUGCAAGAGCUGCACCCUGUUCCCCCCCAACCCCAAUCUUCCGCCUCCGGCCACAAGAGACCGCCCUCCAGGCUGUAAGACGGUGUUUGUCGGCGGUCUGCCCGAGAACUCCAAUGAGCAGCUCAUCAUGGAGGUGUUUGGGCAGUGUGGAGAUAUCACCGCCAUACGCAAGAGCAAGAAAAACUUCUGCCAUAUCAGAUUUGCUGAAGAGUUCACUGUGGACAAGGCUCUCUUCCUGUCGGGUUACCGUAUCCGUUUGGGCUCCAGCACAGACAAAAAAGACACCGGCCGUCUCCACGUGGACUUCGCCCAGGCCAGAGACGACCUCUACGAGUGGGAGUGUCGCCAGCGCAUGUUGGCCAGAGAGGAGAGGCACCGCCGCAAGAUGGAGGAGGAUCGCCUCCGGCCGCCCUCCCCUCCUCCCAUCGUGCACUACUCUGAACACGAGUGCAGUCAGCUGGGAGACAAGAUCAAAGACGAUGGCAAGUUUCCAGAAGCAGUGCGUGUGCUCCUGACCUGGCUGGAACGAGGUGAAGUCAACCGCAGGAACGCCAACAACUUCUACUCCAUGAUUCAGUCGUCCAAUGGCCACAUCCGCCGGCUGACCAGCGAGAAGAGUCAACACGAGAAGGAGAUGGAGGAGGCCAAAGACAAGUUCAAGACCGCUCUGUCCGGCAUACUCGGUCAAUUUGAACAGAUUGUGUCUGUAUUCCAAGCUGCUUCCAAACAAAAGGCAUGGGACCAUUUCUCCAAAGCUCAGCGCAAGAACCUGGACAUGUGGCGCAAACAAGCGGAGGAGAUCAGAAACAUGCACAACGAGCAGCUGAUGGGCAUCAGGCGGGAGGAGGAGAUGGAGAUGUCGGACGAUGACAUGGAGGAUUCCCCCGACAGCAAGGACUCCGAGGACUCAGGUGUUUCCCAAGCAGAAGCCUUAAAGGAGGAGAACGACUCCCUGCGCUGCCAGCUGGACGCCUACAGGAACGAGGUGGAGCUGCUCAAACAGGAACAGGGCAAGAACCAACCAAUCAGCAGUGAGGAGGACAACACACACUCUCAGCAGCUCAGUUUCCUGCAGCAGGCUCUGCAAGGCAUGCAGAAGCAACUGUUAAAAAUGAGGGAAGAAUUAAAACAGCGUGAGGCAGAGCUGGAGAAAAGUUUGGAGGACAAACAGCAGCUGAAGAACCAAGUGCAGACCCUGAAGGAGGGACUUCAGAACCUGCAAAACACACACACAAAUGUAAUGCAGCUGGAGAUGUCGACGCAAGAUGACAGAGGCAGCGAGGAGAGCGCUAAUCAAACCAGCGAGGCCACAGUGUCAACGGUGGUGUCCUGCAGUCAGGAGAAGGAAGGUCCUACAGAGAAGAAUCCACCGAGUCCUGUCCACUCUGAGAGGGAGGCACUGCUAGUUGGGAUCAUUUCCACGUUCCUGCACGUCCACCCGUUCGGAGCCAGCAUCGAGUACAUCUGUUCCUACCUGCAGCGUUUGGACACCAAGAUUAACACCAGUGAGGUGGAGGCUCUUCUUUCUCGACUGCCCUGCACCUUCAGACAGGAGCUGACUGGCGUCGGAGCCAGUCUGGAGAAACGCUGGAACUUCUGCGGCUUCCAGGGCAUCAAGAGCACAUAGACUCUGCCCAGGACGCUUCUGGGACAUCAUAGAGACAACAGACAGAUGAGACAAAAUAGGGACACCGUAGAGAUGCGAAAGACACAGUAUAAAACUCGCAAAAUAUCAAAGACGGUGGACUGUACCUGACUGUAUAAGGACACAGAGGACUGAGCACAGAUCUCAGAUCAGGAGGGAAUGUUACAUGAGCAUUUCAGGGACGUAAAAACGCAGCAUUUCCAAGGUAACAGGAAUGUUGACACCAAAUCGCGGUGACAAAGUCUUCAUGAACUCUCAGUUUCUUAGUGUCUGCAAAGCAUUUUUAGACAUAACGACUCUGCAGUAGUCGCAGAAGACCACCGGCUCCUACAGUCACUGGAUUAUAAUGUAGUUAUCGCCCACGUGGGCCGGGGCAUUGUGCUUUCUGAGCCUGCGACUGGCUCUGUAUGGUGUCGGUGUGAGCCAGGACCACAGGGCUAACCGAGGAGGCUUAUCAGGGUCUAACUGAACACUCCAAACCUCCGAAGCCUUGGGCCUCCCUCUCUUCUCUUUUUGCUGUUCCUGGUUUGUAAAAUAGAUCAAAAAUGGAUAUAUUUCUUCAUUUUAUGUAAAGGCUGUUACCAGUUGCAUAGAAUCAUUUGUUGUAAUACACUGUAAAUGCUUGGAUGAUAUUUUUGAUUAUAAA